GUCGACGUGAUUCGCAAUUGUUUCUAAAAUAUCCGCGACUUCCCAUGAUAAGAUGCUCCAUCGGUCCCGAAUGAAGACGAAAAAGCGUGCUUCUAUCGCGUUGAGCAUUUACUGCAUGAUGGUCUGCGCAAUCCAGAAUCGGUCCUGAGUGCACGAAGCAGCCAGCUACUUGCAUGGCGCAGUCCUGCGUCGGCACCAUCCGUUUCUGGUCCGCGGCUGAACUCGGCUCCUUUCCAUCGCCCGCAACGAGCAGCCUAGAAAUCUAGAAAGAAAUAUAUCACUAAGAUUCUAUACUCAGCGAAUCAACGGGAUAGAAUUCGAAAAAUCUACUUAAACGUCAAAUACGAUGUCAUUCCUCAGAUCUGCUACCGCCUCGGCUCGUUUCCUCACGCGUCGAGCGUAUUCUACAGGUGCCUCAGCCGAGAAAUCCUCUAAUUCGCCUUAUUACUUUCUCGGUGCGGGUGUAGUCGGACUUGGUGCAUAUUUCUACCUGAACCAAACCCAAGCAACGAUGUCGACUCAGGAGAAGAGUCCUCUAGAUCCCAACAACUUUGUAGACUUCAAGCUCAAGAAAAUCAUUCCUUACAACCACAACACAUCUACCUUCGUCUUUGAGCUCCCCAACAACGAAGCAUCCCUUCUGCCUGUCGCUUCAUGUCUCGUCAUCAAGUCUUCUGAUCCCACCGCGCUCGUAGACGCCAACGGCAAAUCUAUCAUUCGCCCGUACACUCCCAUCUCCCAGCCUGACGAAAAAGGUGUACUCUCUCUCCUCGUAAAGAAAUACGAGAAUGGCAACGCGUCGAAACAUAUUCACUCUCUCAAGGAGGGUGACACCCUUGCCGUCAAAGGCCCCAUUCCCAAGUGGCCUUACAAGCAUAACGAGUUCGACGAAGUCACCCUCAUUGGCGGAGGCAGUGGAAUCACACCCCUGUACCAAGUCAUCAGCCACGCCCUUCCUGAUCCCGCGAAUCGCACCAAGUUCACCCUUGUGUACUCAAAUGUCACGGAAGCCGAUAUCCUCUUGCGGCCCGAGCUGGAUACCCUGCAGAAAAGUUACCCUAACAAUCUUCAGGUCGUUUACGCUCUUGAUAAGCCCCCUGCUGGGUGGACGGGUCCGACCGGAUUCAUCAGCAAGGACUUGCUCAAGAAAUAUGUUGCACCCGCGAGUUUGAACGAGAAAGUGAAGGUGUUCGUAUGCGGACCUCCCGGUCAGGUUGCUGCAUUGGCAGGGAAGAAGGAUGGGUUCAAGCAGGGAGAGUUGAGUGGCGCUCUCAAGGAGUUAGGAUACACUGAGGACCAGGUUUUCAAGUUUUAGAUAGUCAGACGGGCUUUCCUAGAUACAAUUGAAAGAUCUGCACACUUGCGGAAGUUUGUUCUUGUACAAUGUUUUGGGAACCACAUAUCAGUCUGGUGCCAGAAGGA